AUGCAGAAUGCUAAGGCUGUCCAAACUCCCCUAGGGCAGCACAUCAAACUAUCUCAUGAUCAGUGCCCGAAAACAGAAGAAGAACAAAAGGAAAUGUCCAUCAUUCCAUAUGCAAAUGCCCUGGGCAGCCUAAUGUACCUAAUGGUUUGCACCAGACCAGAUUUGGCAUAUUUUGUGAGUUUAGUAAGUAGAUUCAUGAGCAAUCCGGGAAGACUACAUUGGUCUGCACUCAAAUGGAUUCUAAGAUACUUACAAGGAUCAAAAUCAGUGGGCAUAGUAUUCAGUAAGAACAAAGAAGAAAAAUAUUGCAUUAGAGGGUAUGUUGAUGCUGAUUAUGCAAGGGACUUUGAUAAGAGAAAGUCCACUUCAGGCUUUGUUUUUACAUUGUGGGGAAAUGUGAUUAGCUGGAAAUCAAAGCUUCAGCAUAUGGUUACACUCUCAUCAAUAAAAUCUGAGUAUGUAGCCCUGACAGAAGCAUCAAAGGAAGCUGUAUGGCUCAAAGGUUGUGUGAAUGAACUGGAGCUGGAACAAAAACCUGUGGAAAUCAAAAGUGACAGUUAG